AUGGCCGCCAAUGAGUUCAUGGGAGACCUUGAUAUCCCAACAAUUCUGGCAUCCCCUUCAAGCAUCUUGUUGGCCAUUGUAGCUCGAAACUAUGAGCUUAAAUCUUCUCAUCUUAAUAUGUUGCAUUCCUUUUAUGAUUUACCUAAUGAAGAUCCAUUAACUCAUAUGAAGGAUAUUUUUAAUGUUGUGAGCUCUUUUCCCUUGACGGGUGUGACAGAAGGUCAACUUCGAAUGAGAGUGUUUCCAUACACUUUAAAGGAUAAGGCGAAGUAUUGGUUGAAUUCUUUAAAGCUUGGUUCACACACUACAUGGGCUACCAUUCACAAGAAGUUCUUGGAGAAAUACUUCUCCACCCAAAAAACUGACAUGCUUAAGGACAAGAUCUUGUUAUUUGCACAACAAGAUGAUGAGUCGUUUUGUAAAGCAUGGGAGAGAUUCAUGGGUUGCUCAAUCAAUGUCCUCAUCAUGGGAUUCCAUUGA